AUGGCUCCCGUCCGCUUCGGCAUCCCCCUCUAUGAAUACCAAGCCCUCGAUGUUAUGGGGCCGCUUGACGUGAUAGCAGGAUAUGAAGAGAAUAACUUAAUUCCCAAGGGCCUUCACGAAAAUGGCCUUGAGCUUGAAUUCUACCACAUCAGCGACACCACACACAAAUCCAAGCCGACGAACUUGGAGCUCGAAAACCUCGAUGUUGUAGCAACAGUCACCACUGCCGAGUGUCCACCAAUCGACUACUUGCUUUUUGGGGGUCCCUUGCCAAGUUACAAGCUCUCUGAAGAGAUGAACACCUUCAUCCAAGACCGCGUGGCAAAAGGAGAGAUCAAGACCAUCUUCACCACCUGCACUGGAGCUGCAGUCCUCGCACAGACGGGCCUGUUAGAUGGAAAACGUGCAACCGUCCACAUGGGAAUUAUUGACUUGGCCCGUCAGAUGUAUCCCGCUGUUAAUUGGGUGCAGAAAACCGACAAGGGCAACUGGGUCAUUGAUGGAAAUAUUUGGACUGCGAAUGGGGCCUGUACGGGCAUGGACAUGUUUGCGCAUUGGUUGAUUCAGCAAUGUGGUUUGGAGCUUGCGAAGUACCAGUUUUGGACGCUGAAUUAUGCUCCGCGAGGCAUUGAUGGGCAGCUCCUCUCUUUAUAGACGGAGCGAUAAUGUUUGAUGGUGUUGAUUGAUGCUUGAACCUUUUUACUCAUGGAUUUUAGGGCUCUCCAUGGAUAAGAUCCAUGAAAAUUUUGCAUAUCCAUAUCCAUAUCCGUUAAAUUUUAAGAGCACGGAUAUAUCCGCGGAUA